ACAGCAUAACCUAGAGUAUUAUACGUUCCCAACCCAGCUGUUUCUAGUUUUUAUUAGGAGCGACAAAGUGAUAAACGGUUUUUCACAUUUCGUCAGAGUUAAUACUCGUGCCCCUUAGAUUUUUAAAUCGUGUAGGUGUCUGCGAAAUUCCUCGCAGAAGGUGGUGUUAGGAGUUGAUCAGUUGAUAAAUUGUUGCACCUCGUGCAAGGCCAAUAGCGAUAUCGAAUGUCGCGCACCUUUGCAGCGUAUGUAUGUACAUAGUACAUCGCGAGAGGACGUAUCGCUCGCCGAAAUAUAAUUCUGAAGCGUGUAACGGGGUUCGCUUUCUGGUUCUGGUGAGGACGGAUUAACGGUAUCAUUGAUACAAGGGACGGCGGCCUUCAACUUCGACUGACAAAAUACGAAGUAAAUUGCCUGUGUACUAACGCGUCGGACAUUGAAAACCGCGAGUACGUUGUAUUUUGUGCUCCUUUUUAGACCAAGAGUCAGACUGACGGUAUCAGGCGGAAUUGAGAGGUAGAUCGACAUCCAAAGUCGAAAUCGUUCCAAAAGCCAGACGUCUUCACUGUGAUCAUAAUAUUUGAAUUUGUCAUCGUUGAAAGUGGAUACACGAUUUACACGGAAAGGUAGUGGCUGCAAAAGUGCGAAUCUAUCAAUAAUUCCUAAAUUCUUCAUUCAUUUCUGAAAAAAUUCCUGUGGGAUGUCUACGCCUGCAAGAAGAAGACUCAUGAGGGACUUUAAAAGAUUACAAGAAGAUCCACCUACAGGAGUUUCUGGUGCACCAACGGAUAACAAUAUUAUGAUUUGGAAUGCCGUCAUAUUCGGACCACAUGACACACCUUUCGAGGAUGGGACUUUUAAGUUAACAAUAGAAUUCACGGAAGAGUAUCCCAAUAAGCCGCCCACAGUCAGAUUUGUUAGUAAGAUGUUUCACCCAAAUGUAUACGCUGAUGGGGGUAUCUGCCUCGACAUUUUGCAGAAUCGUUGGAGUCCCACAUACGACGUAUCUGCCAUUUUAACAUCCAUACAGUCUCUUCUAGACGAACCGAAUCCAAAUUCGCCAGCCAAUUCCCUCGCUGCGCAACUUUAUCAAGAAAACAAAAGAGAAUACGAAAAGAGAGUAGCCACUGUUGUUGAACAGUCUUGGCUGAAUUUUCAGGACAGUAAUAUGGAAGACCCUCGCUGAUAUAGGCACUUUUCGUGAUGAUUAUUCUCAACAAAUGUGGUGGCGCACCAUGAACCUAUGUGUUCCGUACUUCUUAGUAAAAUUCAUGAAUAUGUAUUGUUUUCCUCAUAACCAUAACUACCUUAUUAUACAGUAAAUUAUACGCAGUUGAGUGUAUAGAUGUCUUAUUACCCAAAAAACAUAGGAAAAAUAAGGCAUACAUGCACCAACUCUACUACAUCACAGUGGGCAAAAAAAUUAAGGUUGUCCUAGAGAUGUCCGAGAUAUCUGUCUUAGGGUUGCCCUAAAGACGUCUUUUAUAACAUGUCUUUUGGUCAUCCUAGGGAUGCUCUUAAAACGUCUAAUGUCAGUACGAAAGAUCUGCCGAAAACGUCCAUGUAUUCAAGCCGUCUUUAGGUCAUCUUUAUGCCAUUAGAAGUCUUAUAGACGUUGAUUGGCCUGGCAUAGAACGUCCUAGGAACGUCCCAAGGACGUUAUUGGGAUUUUCAUAGUUUUAUGUCCACUGGGAUGUAUCACAAAAAAGUCCAAUAUGAACUGAAAAUAUUAGGUUAUACUAAGUAGAGUUACUUCUUUUAUCAGUGCAUGUUAAAACUUAAUAGACGAUUAUUGGAAGGUUAUUUUUAAGAGAAGCAAAUUGGAAUUUGCACAUAUGUAAAUACGGACUGUAGAUCUAGUACCUAAUAUUGCAUCUGAAUACCAUAAUUCUGGAUGAACUGGCAGUCCUUCUGCCGUCUCUGGAAGUCGCACUUGGUUAGUCAUGAUCACCAACUAUUUUAGCUAUUAGGAAAUAAAUGUAAGCCUGUCAA